UAUAAUUUGGCGUCUCUAACAAAAAUCACAUAAGCGUUAUAUUUUUAUAUCAAAACAAAACAUUUUUGAGUAUCAAUUCCCGAUUUCUUCCAUUUUUGGCGAAGAGCGGUGUAGAAAUAAGCAAAAGUAUCGGAUGAUAGUGUUCUCUGUAUAAACAUGCACCAGUAGCCCAAUAUAACCGCAAAUGAUGGAUCACCAACCACCGAUGGGGAGCUUGGAAGCCGUUGGGGGUUUCGCUCGGCAGCGGAAGCAUAAAACCGACCCGCUUUGUUGUCCUAUUUGUGGUGUCACAGUACGAUCAAAUGAAAUUGACCAACAUUUUGCACUGGAAGUGGAUCGGUUAGAUAAAAUACUGAAACCAAAAAGGAACAAUUCUAACGGUCCGUACAGCCUCACAGCCACUGAUAGGGCUUCACCAGUGGCUGGCCCAAGUGGAGGUAAUUAUGCAAUAAAAUUAUCGAACGGACAUCACGAUUCGGAUGACAAGAUUGAAUCUUCCGCGACAGUGGGCCCGGAUGAAUGCUGGGGUACUUAUCAGAAAAUUAAAAACAAUCGUCAAGCGAGAUUGAAGAUGAAGUCCCGUAAACGAAAGCCGGAAGAUAACGUUUGUCCGGUGUGUAACAAAACUGUUUCGGAAGAAAUUGCAAUUCACGUAGAUGCCUGUCUCCAAAAGACUGAGGUUAAUGGCAAUAGUGUUUCAAACAGAGCAAAUGAUUCAGACGACGAUGACGCCAGCAUUGACGUUGAAGGUGAAACCUUUGAAGUGUACGAAUGGGCUGGUCACACGAGAGUUCGAACCACCAGUCUUUUGCACCAAAGCGGAUCGGUAGCAAAUACCGCAGUUCGUGUUACGAAUGCUGAUGAUACUGAUGACGAGCUGAACGUAGAUGGUGAUGAGACGCAGAUAUACGGACCGCCACAGUAUUCGGAGCGAGAUGUUAUCUACCCGAUGGCAGAGCAUCGAUUCAAGGACUCGUAUCUUCGCGGUUUAGUGAUGGCUAAUGAGCCGGUGACAGUAAAACGUCCCGAGACAGACAAUCCUUGUGAAGGAUCCAGCAGAAAUGUUACCCCUCAUUUCACGCAAUCAUCCAGUCAAGUCGCUUUAAGCCCCGAGCAGCGAAAUAGCGAGAACACCGAUCAGAUAAUAGAAUCGCUCAAGUCUAAAAUCCGGGAAUAUGAAGGUUACAUCCAGAACAGACCGAAGUGUUUAAUCUGUAUGGAUGAUUUCAAAAAACCAGUUGUCUCCAUCUGCUGCUGGCAUGUAUACUGUGAGGAGUGCUGGCUCCAUACACUGGGAGCGAAAAAACUUUGCCCUCAGUGCAGCAUGAUAACAUCGCCUACAGAUUUGCGCCGCAUCUAUCUGUGAGGUGAGUGAGGCCGAAACGUUUGGAUAAGAGACAUGAUUACAGGUUUAUUUCCUGAACCAUUGACACUGCAGUACGACUGCGUAACUGAUGCUACGUGAGAAAAAUGUCGUUCACAGCAUAACUGAUACAAAGACAAUAAUCGAUGAGGCGUGGAAAACUGAAUAACAAAUGGUAUACAAUGAUAACAAUGUUUCCCUUAAUGAUAUAUUUUAACAACAUUCCAUAUGCCGAUGAAAAGAUAUUAGCUCUAAGUUUCACUGUCUUUUAUAUACCGCAAAUUAUCCAGUUUGGAACUAUUUUACGUUUAAAUGAAAUAAACCAUUUUAAGCAUUUAUCUUGCUUAGAUUUUA